UCACAACUCUACGACAAUGAAGAUCCUACUCCUGUUUGCAGUUUGCCUUGCAACAGCCUCAGCUCGAGUAUUUACUCGCUGUGAGCUGGUCAAAAUGCUAAAAAACGCUGGGCUGGAUGGAUAUCGCGGACACAGUCUUGGAAACUGGGUGUGUUUGGCAUACUAUGAAAGUGGCUACAACACAGCCGCUGUGAAUCGCAACACUGACGGCAGCACCGAUUAUGGCAUUUUCCAGAUCAACAGUCGCUGGUGGUGCUCCAAUGGUGUAACUUCUUCCUCCAACGCCUGCCACAUCUCAUGCAGCAAACUUCUGACAAGUGACAUUUCUGAUGACAUUGAAUGUGCUAAGAGGGUUGUACGAGAUCCAAAUGGAAUUGGUGCUUGGGUUGCCUGGAGAAACCAUUGCAAAGGCAGAAACAUGGAUUCAUGGGUCGUUGGUUGUGGUGUCUAAAGCAGAAGCAGAAAACCUCAUCACUUUUAGAUAAUCAGACUGAUCAAAAAUAUUUUGACAUCUUGACAUGCUGAAGAAAAAGGCAGAAGAUAAAGAAUCCACCAUUAUUAAUGUCUAUUUUGUUCUUGGUUGUUGGUUUUACAGGAGUAUGUUGUUAUGUCUACAACCAUCUCAUAAAUCCAACAUGUAUUUAGUCAAUUAAAACAGACUCUGAAAAAACAUAUUUCAAAUAACUCCUGGGUUAAGACCCUUGUUCCAGCAUGGCGUGCAGCAAAAUUAAAAAGUGUUGAAUGUUAAUAAACAGCAUGCCAGCAAUCUCAUAUAAUCAAUAUUAUUUCUUGAAAAUAUCCAAUUUUUACCUGCUUCUUGAACUCUGGGAAAUAGAACUAGAGUCUUCAAACUGGUUCUCUAAACUGCAUGCACCCCAAGAUUGUUUUUUUAUCUCCAUUCAGCUGUUAAGUUUUCAUUAUUUCUUUAUUUUUCCUUCUAAUACAUUCUGUAUUGAU